AUGACCUCCUUUGUUCUUAGCAUUCAGCACACAAUCGUCUAUGGACUGACGGUGUCAUGUGAUAUCUCUAAUGAUGAGGAGUUGUUUAUGGGUCAGGGAGAUUAUCAGUUUGAAAUCUACCGUCUAAUGAAGAAAGAAAACAAUAACUGCUGGUCCACCUAUAAUCCUCAUUCCAACGUGUUGUGGCUGCACUAUCUAGCUGAGAAACUGUUGAGCAUGAACUACAAGUACAAAGCCCAGACCAACCAGCAGAGGACGCUGAAGAGCGCCCUCAAAUCUUUCCAGGCGGAGAUACUUCGUUAUCCGUCAGCUACAGAAGCUCUUAGGAACUGCAGAUUCUUUCAGUGAAU